AUGGCCAGUUCCAAGGCCAAUUCAAAUCUCAGGUCUGCGAAUACAACACAGACGAAUAACAAACCACGCGUCCUUUCUGCCAGAGAGCUGCAGAGGAGAACAGCCCAGAACAUUCAACGGCUCCCCGGCGCCCCCGAUCCUUCUACGUACAUCUCCGCGUCCGCUACGCCCGCCAAACGACCCUCCAGAUUCUCCUCCUUUAUAAAUCUUUUUCGACAACGAUAUGCUGCCCUCCCUGCACCUAUUCUAGGGACCGCACGUGCCCUUCGAUAUAUCGCACCCGCGCUCUCCAUUGGCAUAUUUUUCUCCGAGCAUGUGCUCCAGGUUAUGUGGGUUCGCGGGCCGUCGAUGACGCCGUAUCUUAAUGAAAACUACGCGGAAAUGCAGACAGAAAGUGAUAUGGUCUUGGUAAACAUGCUGCCUUUGGGCUCUGGAUGGCUAUGGGGUCCAACAAAGACAUUGGAACGCGGAAUGGUGGUCACAUUUCGAUCACCAGCGAACCCAUCACAUAUAGCGAUCAAGCGCGUCAUUGGAUUACCAGGGGACCAAAUUAUGACGAGAGAGCCGUGUCCCAAACCCUCGCAGACUGUACCUUGGAACCAUGUCUGGGUAGAAGGUGAUGUGGACGAUCCGCGGAAAUCGCUUGAUAGCAAUACAUACGGACCUGUUAGUAUGAGUCUGAUUUCAGGCAGUGUGAUUGCAGUGCUGUACCCGAAGAUGAGACGGCUCAAAUGGUGGGAUUGGGAUAAGCCCUUCGACGACCAGACAGGCGCGGAUACGCAAAAGGAACUGGGAGAUGGGUAUAGGCAGUCGGUGAGGGAUAGAGUCAUCAAAGACGCUGUCCAUGUAGAGGCGCCUGAUUUUAAUUGA